AUGAAUGAGGAACACGACACCGCUUUUACUCUCUAUGGUGAAAGUGAAACCGCUCCCGACCUCGCUCCGAUCUCGCUCCGAUCUCCUCCACACUGCGACCUCGCUCCGAUCUCAUUCUCACUGCAAUCUCGCUCCGGUCUUGCUCCGUUCACGAUCUCGCUCCGACAUGGACUCGAUUCUCUUCGUUCUAUUUCUCCUUCUCUCUAUAAAUUGUUGUUCGUUUUCUAUCCCUCUCGUGGUUGUUAUUCUUCGUUGAAAUUUGAUGUUCUCCUCUGUUUCUUCUCCGAUUGUAGUGCAUGUGAAAAUGCAUUGCGGUGCAUUGGUAAUAAUGAUGUUCAAAAGCUUGGAAGAAGUGUUUUUCCUGAAAAUUUGAAGGCUACUACUAUCAGCGAGAUUACUAGGCUCAGGAACGUGGCAAUGACAUCAAUUACUUCACGCUCUGUGGUUGAUGAACGGACUAUCCAGAUGCCGGUAAGUCUACAACAAGAGACAGAUACUUUACUUCAGUGGUCAGAUACCAAAGUAGAGAAAGCUGGAGAACGUAUAUUUCGUGUUGGUUCAGUUCGCUACAUAAUGGAUCCUUCCAGGCAGACUCUUCAGAGGAUUUCAGGUUGACCUUCUACUGGAGGUUCUUAAUAUUGUGUCUGGUUUUGGUCCAACUUCUGGUUCAGCUCUUACCAGCCAUAUGGAUGUUGACAAGGGUAGGUUGCUUAAUUUGUAUCUGUUAUUGAUCCAGCAAGGAAUCCGUCAAGAUUCUUCUCCAAAGACUCUGGAUAUUGUCAAUCUACUGCAUAAUAAUACUGAACCAUUCUGCCUCCACGUCGCAGAAAGGAAGUUGACUUGGUUAAGGACGACAUCAAAAUCAUAGACAUCCCUGUGCACUUGGUUAAGGUAUAUUCAACAAUGGAGUUUCUUUAUGAUGUUUUUGUGUGUGUCUGUAUUCAGCAAUGGAGUUCAUUUAUGACUUGGGUCAAUUAAUGGAAAGGGGGAAAUAUUGGUAUUUCCUUUAACCCUUAAAAUCUUUGAAAAUUUCCAAGUAUAACAUGCAUAUUUGCUUCAUUUAAUUUAGCU